AUGGAACACCCCAUCCACAAUCCAAUCCAACCGCCACCUCCUUCCAUCUCUGCUUCUCCUCUUCUGGAAAUCGCAGCCAACUACCCAUUGUAUCUGCGACCAGAUGAUGAAUUAUACCCACCAUUUUCUACUUUCCUCCCCUGCUUGGCUCCCUAUUGUCUCACAACUCUACAUUUCCAUUCUCUGGAAUGUUGCUAUCCUCCGAGUUGGUUCACAGUUCUCGCCCCUGCUCAACAACCUGAUCAGCCACCUUCAAAUAGACGAAUGUAUGAUCCCUGGACCUCUUGUCCCCUUCUUUCAAUCUCUCCCGCUAUCAAAGGCCCUUUCCCCUGGAUAGGUGAUAUCCUCCCUACUCUGCCGGAUUUCUCUGCUGCAUGGAACACUACUUCUUUCCACCCCAUCAACGAUAUUGCAAGAAUCCUCCCAAUCCCAGCCAUCAUACUCGACCAACUCUACGCAUUCUCCCAAUUCCCAAUCCAUGCUAAUCAAACCACCACAUAUGCUACAUUUGAAUGGUAUAGAUGCAUCUUUUCUCAAGGUGUAGACUCCCACAAUCUUCUCCUCCGCAUGGGACCACAGCUAUGUGGCACUGACCUCACAAGCUAUUCUCAACUUCUCGGAUUUGUGUCUCAAGAUAAUGUUGAACAAAUUGAGUGGUUUCAACAUAUUGCAAUGGUGAUGCAAAAGUAUGCUAGUUACUUUAAUGAAUCUGUUCCUUUGAAGUCUGUCUUGACAAAUGGUAUUGGGGCUGUUGCUAUUGUGGGAAGACCGAAUUCUGAUUUUAAUGUAAGUAAUUGGAUUUAUCCUAAUAAUGCAAUGAUAGAACCAUUUCUCACUGGAAGAUUCAACCCUCGUCGUGAAAUCCCUUCUGAAUUAAGAGUGAUUUUCAGUCAUUCUUACCAUGAAUUUGAAGAAGUGGCUGAACAAUAUGCUGUCAUAACCCACACAAACAUGUGUUGGGGUUCUGUUUUUGAAAUUCAAAAUGGCUUUGUUGCCAUCAAUGAAUCUGUUCUUCGUCAAGGGGACUACUGGAAUAUGGGGUCUUUUCGUUACUCACGUCCAGUUGGUCUCAAAAUUCAGUUCUCCAUGGUAAUAGCUUCACGUUACCACCAAGAAGAUGAAUGA